GCCGACUCUUCAGUAUCCUUGUCACGAUUCAACUCUUCUUCCGUACAAGCACAAAAAAACAAAAAACAAAGAUUUCAAUUCCCUUUCUCUUGGUUAAGACUUGUUUCCCAUAAACCCUAGGAAUUCAAACUCCGUUAUGGACUCCAUGGCGGCGAAGGAGCAGUUUCGUCGGCGGAGUCACAGCGAUCGAGUACCGAGCGACUCCCAUCACGGCCGCAUUGAUGAUGAUCACCAGCACCAUCCGCCGCCUAUGAAGAAGGCGAAGCAGGAGCCCGGCGUCCCGGGGUGUUUCGUUCCGUCGGCUUUUCUUGCGCCGCUCCCGCAGCGGAUGGUUCUCCCGCAGUCGUCAGAAGCGCCGCAGCGCGGCCGCGUUUCGAGUGGUAGUAGUAAUAGUAAUAGAAAGAAAGAGACGGUGGUUUCUGGCGGCGGCGGCGGCGGGAGGAAGGAGGAGGGAUCGAUAGCAAAGGUCGACGACAGCAUUUCGCCGGUGGCACGCGGGUGCAGGCAGUUCUGGCGCGCUGGGGAUUACGAUGACCCCAAUGGCAUCGUUCCUGCCGCUCACUCUUCCGGCGUUGGAUUGGAUCAUGUGAGAGUCCACCCAAAGUUCUUGCACUCUAAUGCCACUAGUCAUAAAUGGGCGCUUGGAGCAUUUGCUGAACUUCUUGACAAUGCUGUAGACGAGAUUGUUCAUGGUGCUACUUACAUCAACGUGGACCUCCUCAAGAACCCAAAAGAUGGCUCCAAGAUGCUUCUAGUCGAAGAUAACGGCGGUGGAAUGACGCCGAACAAUAUCCGGCAAUGCAUGUCUUUGGGGUAUUCAGUUAAGAGCAAAAGUUCGAACACUAUUGGCCAAUAUGGAAAUGGGUUUAAGACGAGUACAAUGAGACUGGGGUCAGAUGCGAUUGUGUUCACUCGCUGCCCAGCAGCUGACGGCCAAAGCGAAACGCGGAGCAUUGGGCUGCUCUCGUACACCUUCUUGAGGUCGACGAAGAAGGAAGACACUGUUGUUCCCAUGAUUGACUUUAUGCAAACAGGACAAGGUUGGCAGCCGUUGACAAGGUCAACUCCAGCGGAUUGGAACAUGAACCUUAGAACUGUACUCUUGUGGUCUCCUUUUGUGUCUGAAGAGGAUCUCAUUGGCCAGUUUGACUACAUGGGAAGCAAAGGUACCAGAAUCAUAAUCUAUAACCUUUGGGAGGACGACGAAGGGAAGUUGGAGCUGGAUUUCGAGGCUGAUCAAGAGGACAUUCAAAUCAGAGGAGCCAACAGAGAUGAGAAGAACAUAGAGAUGGCCAAGCAGUAUCCUAACUCCAAACACUUCCUCACAUACAGGCACUCAUUGAGGAGCUAUGCUGCAAUUCUGUACCUGAAGCUCCCAACCGAGUUUCGAAUCACGUUGCGUGGUUCAGAAGUUGAGCAUCAUGACAUUGUUAAGGACAUGAUAGAACCCAAGAAGAUUACUUACAAACCGCAGCAACUUGCGGAUGGAGUGGUGAACAACAAUGAGGUCAGCGCAGUGCUGAAUAUUGGGUUUGUGAAGGAUGCUCGCCAUCACAUUGAUGUGCAAGGGUUCAAUGUCUACCACAAGAACCGGCUAAUCAAGCCUUUCUGGAGGGUGUGGAAUGCUGCAGGAAGUGAUGGCCGUGGUGUCAUAGGUGUUCUGGAAGCAAAUUUCAUUGAGCCAGCUCAUGACAAACAAGGGUUUGAGCGCACAACACUACUUUUGAGACUGGAGGCCAGAUUAAAAGACUACCAGAAACAGUUCUGGACAAGUAAGUGCCAUGAGAUUGGGUAUGCUCAAAGGGUGAAACCGAAAAAUACCACUCCAUCAUCAUCCAGCAAGAAAGCUAGUAACAGUAUCAUCAGCAAAAGCAGCCCUUCACCAUCAAUCCAGGAUGGAAAGAUUCUCCCCCUCAAUGGGCCUAAUCAGAAGAGCAAACUGUCUAGUUUAAAGCAUUCUGAACGAGCUUCACCAGAAGAGGAAGAGGGAACUGUAAAACAUUCUUCGAUUGCAUUAAGAGAUGAAGUUAGUUGUGAGUCAAAAGGUGAAGGAAAGUUCAGUCUGCUUCAAAGCUUAGCAGAAGAAAGAGCGAAGAGCAAGCAACUGGAAAUGGAGCUUGGAGAGCAGACCAAACUGCUUGAGGUUGUUGAAAAGGAAGCACAAACUUCGAUGAACAAGAUUCAGGCCAUCACUGAAAAGAUUCAGCACGAGAAGGAGUGGAGGGAUGCUGUUGAGCAGAUUUUGAGGGAAAGUUUGAAGAGUGCUGAGCAGACCAUUGCUAGGUUGAAAGAGAGAGUUAGGCAGCUUGAAGAAGGGCAGAUGGUAGAUGGAUCUGGGUCUAGUUAAGCACAGUUUUAGUGAGGAAUCCUCACCCAUGUGGUUCUUGUAGAACUGCAGCUUGGAAUAGAUAUGAUGUACAGAC